ACUUCACCCCGAACAUCGAGGAUCGCCGAGCGUGAAGAAAAUAUUCAGAAGUCCCGAUAAUCCAUUUGUAGUGUCGGGUGCUUUCACAUCCGAGAGAAGAAAGGGGGAAAAGUGGCGAGAAAAGAUCGAACGAGGCCACGAAGGUCGGAAGCUAUCGGAAGUCUGCGGCCGUAUUUGCAAGAGAAGCAACAAGUCGCGAUUGUUUCCCCGCGUUAAACGUGGCGAUUAAACGUUCUGUAUAUACGGUUGAUAACGUAAACAGCGCGAUAUUAACGGCGAGCCGAUUUUUCAGUGCGAUACGUAUGGUGGAGCGUGUACGCGACCGUUGCCCCCUUGACGCUGCAGAAGUUCCGCGACCUCGGCUUCCAGUUCUGGCAGAAGGUCUUCGGCCUGAAAGAGAAGACGCCGCGAUGGAAGGCAUGCACCGGAAACGUGAAUGCAAAUUUCGGCAUGGCGUUGAGCUACAUUUAUGCGCAGAAACACUUCAAUGAGCAGGCGCGAGAAAAGGCAUUGGAGAUGUUAUUGGACAUCAGAGCAGCGUUUGACGAGAUGGUUAUGGAGUUGGAUUGGAUGGAUGUCGGCACGAGGGCUCGAGCCCAUAGAAAAUUGCACGCAAUGAGGCCAUUCGUAGGAUUUCCCGAUUGGAUCACGAAUCCAAAGGAAUUAGACAAAUUUUACAAAGGAGUGGAAGUGAUCGAUGGAAAAUUAUUUGCAACUUUUUUGAAGUUAACUGACGUAGCUAUGAAAAAGAGCUUCAAUAAUUUGCGCGAGAAGCCCGACAGGAGUAGAUGGAUAUCGACGGGCACGACAGUAAACGCGUUUUACAGCGCGAUAUUAAACUCAGUCACUUUUCCAGCCGGCAUACUGCAUCCUCCGUUUUAUGGCAAUGGAUUGGAGUACGUAUAAAUUUAUAUUUUUAUAAACAGAUAAAAUUUUCAUUACAUACAAUCAUAGACGUAUUCAGAGGGAAAUUCAAAGCCUCUCAAAA